GAGUUGGUGUGUGUGUGUGGGUGAGCUAAGAGACCAUGUGGCACACACAGACAACAGGUCACGCCCUCGGCACACGCACCUGCUCUGGCGACCUCUGACCUUUGCCCUGUGCAGGCUGUGUGUGUGGUUGCUGUGGUCAGUCUCCACAGUGACGGCCCUCACCUACCAGCCCACGGUGAACACAGCCCUGGGGCGUCUACGAGGCAUGCGGCUGGCGGUGCCAGCCGAGGGGCUGGGCCCUGUGAACCAGUACCUGGGCGUGCCCUACGCGGCUACGCCCAUCGGUGAGAAGCGCUUCAUGCCCCCAGAUGCCCCCUCGGCUUGGUCGGGCGUGCGGAAUGCCACGCGCUUCCCCCCCGUCUGCCCACAGAACAUCCGCAACGCUGUGCCCGAUAUCAUGAUGCCCAUCUGGGCGACCUACAACCUCGACACCGUGGCAACGUACCUGCAGGAGCAGAGCGAAGACUGUCUGUACCUCAACAUCUACAUCCCCACGCAGAGUGGCACUAAGAGAACAGGCGAAGACUCAGCCGAUGACGGCUUGCGGGAGGCACGGGACGACCCAUGGCCCGUGAUGCUCUUCAUUCACGGCGGCUCCUACAUGGAAGGUACCGGAAAUAUCAUGGAUGGAAGUGUUCUGGCCAGCUACGGGAACGUCAUCGUCAUCACCCUCAACUACAGAGUGGGAAUACUUGGCUUCUUGAGCACUGGUGAUCAGGCUGCCAAAGGAAAUUAUGGGCUGCUGGACCAGAUCCAGGCUCUGCGCUGGAUCAGUAAGAAUAUCGGAUACUUCGGAGGAGAUCCAGGUCGGGUCACCGUGUUCGGAUCAGGAAUCGGAGCGUCCUGUGUCAGUCUCCUCACUCUUUCCCACCACUCAGAGGGCCUCUUCCACAGGGCCGUUAUUCAGAGUGGCUCUGCUUUAUCCAGCUGGUCGGUGAACUACCAGCCGGUGAAAUACACACGACUGCUGGCAGAGCGAGUGGGCUGUAACGUCCUCGACACACACGAUCUCGUCCUCUGUAUGCAGAAGCGUAGCUACAGAGAGCUGGUGGAACAGGACAUCCAGCCGGUGCGCUUCCAUGUCGCCUUUGGGCCAGUAAUCGACGGCGACCUCAUCCCAGAUGACCCGGAAGUGCUUAUGGAGCAGGGCGAGUUCCUCAAUUACGACAUCAUGCUGGGCGUCAACCAGGGGGAGGGGCUUCGUUUUGUGGAGGGUGUGGUCGAGCCAGAGGAGGGCGGGGUUUCGGGGUCGGACUUCGACUUCGCUGUGUCCGACUUCGUGGACGGUCUCUACGGUUACCCAGAAGGCAAGGACACACUGCGGGAGACGAUAAAGUUCAUGUACACGGACUGGGCGGACCGAGACAACCCUGAGACGCGCCGCAAGACGCUGGUGGCCAUGUUCACCGAUCACCAGUGGGUGGAGCCAGCAAUGGUAACGGCGGACCUGCAUGCUCGCUACGGCUCACCCACCUACUUCUACGCCUUUUACCACCACUGCCAGAGCCCCAUGAAGCCAGCUUGGGCCGACUCCGCCCACGGAGACGAGAUCCCCUACGUGUUCGGGGUGCCGCUCGUCGGCCCCACUGAGCUCUUCCCCUGUAACUUCUCACGCAACGACAUCAUGCUCAGUGCCGUGGUGAUGACCUACUGGACCAACUUCGCCAAGACCGGAGACCCGAACAAGCCUGUCCCCCAGGACACUAAGUUUAUCCACACCAAGGCUAACCGCUUCGAGGAGGUGUCAUGGUCCAAGUACAGCCCACACGACCAGCUGUACCUGCACAUCGGCCUGAAGCCGCGUGUGCGUGACCACUACCGCGCCACCAAGGUGGCCUUCUGGAAGCACCUGGUGCCACACCUGUACAACCUCCACGAUAUGUUCCACUACACGUCCACCACCACGCGGGUGCCGCCCGCCCACACCACGGCCAGCACGCGGGGGGCCACGCCGCGGCCCGCCCGCACGCCAGGCAAGCGCCCGCCCCAGUCCACAGCCCACAGUGGCCCCUUGGUGGUGGCCAACCCACGCGACUACUCCACCGAGCUGAGCGUCACCAUCGCCGUGGGCGCCUCGCUCCUCUUCCUCAACGUGCUGGCCUUCGCCGCUCUCUACUACCGCAAGGACAAGCGCAGCCGGCAGGACACGCCCCCUCAGGCCGCCUCCCAGCGCCAGGCCCCGCCCGGUGACCUCGGCUACGCGCCCGCCUCGGCUGGCGUCGGAGAGAAGGAGGAGGGGUCUCUGUGCGACCCGCUGCGUUUGACCCCGGCCUCCUCGCCAAGGGAUUACACUCUGACCCUGCGACGCUCCCCCGAUGACAUUCCACUCAUGACCCCCAACUCCGUUUCCAUGACACCCGGCAGUGUCGCCAUGACGCCCAACAGCGUCACCAUGACACCCAACACCAUCACAAUGUCCCCAAGCUCACUGAUGGGGUAUCCCAGCAUGCACCCUUACAAUACCUUCACACACGGAUACAACCACACUGGCCUGCCCCACUCACACUCCACAACCAGGGUAUAAUGCGGGUAACUGGUCCAAACUGGUCCAAACCUGUUCCAGCCAGUUUCAACAGCUCAACCAGACAGUUUAUAUCCUAGAGUACAACUCAACACUCACACUUAACCUAUACAACCAAACACACACACACACGCGCGCGCCAACCUGUUUAUAGUUUUUUUCCACUUGAAAAUAUAAACAUGCAAAGCAGACUGUCUCGUGAAGCCAGUCUCCUGUCCCUGGGAUCUCUUCUCCUGUGGGUCACGGUGGACGCCAAAAGCUCGGCUUCAGCUCAGACUAACAAAGCCUCCAUUAAUCGCACGAUGCAAUAGGACACAGAUCACUGAAUGUAACACAUGUGCAUUAGUCAUGAAAGGUGUACUCCUGUACCACGCUGUGUUGUGUUUAUUUAGCUCGUAGAAUCCAUGCCACGCGUCUGUUUAAGUAACCUUUCACCAAAUCCUUCCAUUCUGUCCUGAUACUUAUGCCACAGAAUUCUAAAAUACUAUUUUCUCUAACACUUAAUAACAUAGUUAGCGAGACGCUUCGCUAGCGCCCCCUAGUGACUCGCAUCGGCCUCUCUCUGGCAGCCUUCACAGGCCGUUUUGUUUCUGGCGUUAAGAGAAGAGACACUCGUGCUGGUUCCCGUCCAAACCGGCGGCGUGGUUCGGCCCGGCGGAGGAGCUCCACCCGCUGCAGCGUCUUCAGGACAACCUCCUACCUUCACCUGGAGGGGCUUUUCAAAAUGAUUUGUAAACUCUAAAUUCAACCAACUAUCAUCCCAGUGUCUGUGUUUGGUGGAAGUUGUCUGUGUUUGGUGGAGAUUGCGAGGUAUAAUCUGGCUCUUUGACUGUCGUCCAAACGAAAAUCAAACUAGUCACGCCUAGCACUCGACCUGCUGUUCUCAGACCAGUCCCAGCAGCGCUGACCAAGCAGGUCUUUGCGUCCCCAGAUCAGACCCAUCUGAUCUUCCUUUCUGGAGACGACCCUGCAUCACAGAGAUUGUAAUCUCAUGCUCACCUGAGCACAUCGAUUUCCUGGAGAUUGUAAUCUGAUGCCGUGAUCUGAGCGGGACGUGGUACUCCUACAAUCACACACAUCCAUUUCAUUUUGUUUUGUCUCUCAGUGGAGCGGCCCGAGGGGUUUUUCAGACAUGAGACUGCACACAGGCGGACGCGUCUGAUGGCGGGGGGGCAGACAGAGAGAUUCCCCCCAUUUCAGGCCGCUGCAUUGCCUCCAGCAGACUGCGGGUGGCGCUCUGAGAUCAAACUGACACUUUGAACAUGUAAAUGCUUCAGUUUAUAAUCACUGAACGACUGAGAUUCUACGCUCCAGAACUUUGUGGACAAGAGCCGCCUACACGCCUCACUCACAAAUAAGACGGUGUAAUAAGACAGUAAUAACCCAUGCAAUAGGAGUAAUAACUACGUUUGUACAGUCUAAGUAUUAGAUAACCUGUAUUAACUCUGUGUACAGUCACCCUUUGUUGAGAUUAUUCUCAUCAUGUUAACGAUCUGGUUAUUUUCACCGUGAGGACAGUUAUCAGAAAGUAGACGGAGGUUUCAGCCUUUUUCUUUGUAGAAGUGGACACUUUCUCUCUUCUGUAUUACUUUUUUAAAAACAAUAGUCUCUUUUCUUUUUUUUUAUGACGUGCAGGUCAUCAGCACUGUGGAUGGGCACACACAAGAGCCCUCUCAGUGUGGUUUUGGAUGAGAAGCUUCUGUGUGCGUGUGGGUGUGUGUGUGAGUGUGUUCGGUAUGUGUUUACAGUUAUGCAUUUAUAGCCCAUCGAUGUCUUUCUAAACAUCCUUAUCACGCUAUCUGGCAAAGCGCCCUUUUCUGAUCUGUCUUUGGAAUCCAGAUCAUUUUAAAUACUAAAUGUUGCUGCGUCGGACUGAUUUGGUUUGUAACGUGAAAUACGUCUUUCUUCCAUCGCGCCUGCCUGGGCUUCUGUAACGUUCACCACGUUGAUCUAGUUUGCCUGUGCGAGCUUCGCUUUUGCAUCUAUGAGACGAAUCAGCUGUUAUUGUUUAUAGUGAAAUACGAAUAUGUGAGUACGACAUGACAUCGGGCCCUCAUGCUCGCGCCCUUCCUAUGGGCGCCGAGUCCCGAUUUAAGGGUGCGUGCAGGAGGAGUUCUAUGGCGACGGCUUCUUAAGCGUUGGGUGAGCGCGAGGGCUUGUGGAACCGUGUGCAUGUCCUGACGGCUUUGUCACAGAGCCUGAGCGCCACAAGGUUGAGGAAACGUCUUCGUCAGAUAAACCUACAAGCUCAGACUCUCUCUCAUGCGCGCUUCUUUCUCUCUGUGUCUCUCUCUAGCUCUCUCUCCCUGUCUUUCUUGAUCUUUUAUACUCUGUACAUGCCUUUUCCUCGGAUUUACAGUAAAUAUUCAGUAAAUAUUCACUUUGCUUAUU